AUGAAUCAGUGUGCUUACAUCAAGCGUUUGACUGAGAAACUUGGCGUUGACCAAUGCAAGGACGUGCACACACCGCCAAACGAAAGUAAAAAGCUGACCAAGCUGGGGGACGAUGAUGAAUUCGUGCCGAAGUGGCCUAACCGUGAGCUAGUUGGUGCACUUAUGUACGUUACAACGUGCACUAGACCAGACAUCAGGCACGCGGUAGGAGAAGUGGCCAAAUACUGCGAAAGGCACGGAAAAAGCCACUGGAUCGCGGCCAACUGUGUGCUGAAAUACCUGAAGACAACUGCAUAUUACAGCAUUGUAUUUCACGGCAAAGCUAAGGGAGAGUUGCUCGGUUUUGCUGAUGCGUCAUGGGCAAGUGACCUAGAUUCUCGCCGCUCGACGACAGGCUACGUUUUCUUUCUGCAUGGCAAUGUGGUGUCGUGGAAGUCGAAGAUACAACCGACAGUGGCGACUUCUACCACCGAGGCUGAGUACAUAGCAUUGUACGCUGCAGCGCAAGAGGCGGUGUGGCUACGACUAUUACUGUCCGACAUUGGCGUAGAACUUGGAGCGGCUACGUCCAUCUAUGAAGACAAUCAAGACUGUAUUGCGCUGGCGAAGAAUCCAGUCUACCAUACAAGAACAAAACAUAUCGACAUCAAGUAUCACUUCCUUCGAGACAAGGUUAAGGAAGGCGUCAUUGAGCUUGAGUACAUGCCAACAGAAGCGAUGAUUGCAGACGGCUUGACGAAGGCUCUCGGGCGUACCAAGCAUGCCGUUUUUCUGCAAGGUCUACAUCUGGAAGUGUAG